AUGCCAGUUUUACCAGAUGAAAUAGUGAAUGCAUUACCUAUCAGUAAAACUACAGAUCAACCUACAGAUAACCAAAUUGAAUUAAAUAUAAAUACAGAUAAAAACAAUAGAUUGUAUAAUGAAUUAUUAGAUAUAACAAAUGCUGAUAAUUAG